GCAAACCAAGUUAACCAACCACUUCUUUAACCAACAGUUUGAUUCUGGACUCCUGUGUGUGUGUGUUUUUCUCUUCUCUUGUUUUCCUCUGUUCAACUUCUUUUAUGUCCAUGGCAUCGACAUCAACACCAGGGUCAUCUUCAGAACUAACUAUCACAGUUGAACACAAUCCUUGCAAAUCACGAUUAUCAGAGCUGGGUAUAAAUUGGUGGCCCAAAUGGGGUUGUCCUCCUGGGAAAUUCAUGCUCAAAUUCGAUGCCCAAGAGACGUGUUAUUUGCUCAGAGGGAAAGUGAAGGUUUACCCAAAAGGUUCGUCUGAGUUUGUACAAUUUGGUGCGGGGGACCUUGUCACCAUACCCAAGGGACUUAGUUGCACGUGGGACGUAUCCAUUGCAGUGGACAAGCAUUACAAGUUCGAGUCUUCUUCCACUACACCAUCCCCCGAAUGAUUGUGAUGAAUGAUGAUAGAGCUAAAGAAUAUUUGACUUUUUGUUAUUGUUUAUCGUGCUUAAUAUUCGUUAGGAAAAGAAAUUCUAAUAAAGGCUAGUUAUUACUAGUUACUAUUGGUUUUGUGAGAGAUAGAUUUUCAAAUUAACGAAUAUAUGUUUGGGUUAUAAUAUUAAUAUUUCUGGUUA